CUCCUGGGUUCUCUCCCUGGCUCUGGGACACUAGCAGAGAAAGGGGAGUGAACAGGCCAGGAAGACUGUGGCCCUCCCACUCCAGACACAGCGGGGGGCCUGGGGGGUGUCUCCCCUAGCCAGGUCUUUUAUUCUCCACCUGUCCCCCCUGCGCUGCCCGUCCCAGCACCCUGGCGUGGGCUGUUCCAGGCCCCGUCACCAAGAAUCCGCCAACCGCCAGCUCCUGAGCCUGGCAUCAGAUAAGAGCUUAUCGGGGACUUCCAGGCCUGCUGCCAUAACCUCCCCAGGCCCCAAACUGGCUGGGCGGUUAGUGGGGCAGGGAAUGGGGCACAGGACCUGUCCCCUCUGGGGGGCGCCAGGUCUCAUCCGGCCCCAGGGUGGGGACUGGCUGGCUCGGAGUGGCAGGGAAUGGGGCUGGGGCCUGUCCCCUCUAGGGGGUGCUGGCUGCGAUCUGCCCCUGUGUGUGAAAUCUCUAGGGAUGCUGAAUGAUGAUAGACCAGUUACUGCCCCCCAUGUAUCCAUAGAUUCCUCCCCUCCCCCUGGACAAGUGUGGGGGUACAGCACCAAGACCCCAAAACUCUCAACCCUCCCUCUAAUGUUUACCUGUCUUCUCUACUGAGCCAGGGAGAGAACCCAGGCGUCCUGCGUCCCAACACCCCCCACCCCCGACUAGAGCCCAGUCUCCUCCCAGAGAACCCAGGAGUCCUGGCUUCCAGCCCCUCUCCUCUAACGGAUAGACCCCCCCCACUCCCCUCCCAGAGAACCCAGGAGUUCUGGCUCCCAGCCCCCCGCCCCCCAUCCACUAGACCCAUCUCCUCCUACACCAGAGAGAGUUUGGGGGGCUAGUUUUCUCUCUCUCUCCACUGUACAUUGGGGGGUAAUUGGGCAGGAGACCCCCAGCUGCUCUCCCCCUCCCCUCUCUGUGCCCCACGAGAGCCCGUCCCGUCUCAGAAGGCGGGACCUCACCCGCCUGGGCUGCUGUGUCAUUUUUAGCGUCUCUGUCCCCCCCCCCUCCUUCUUUCCUCUGUCUCUUGGAGCCACCCAGCAAGUUGGGGCAGACCCACAGUCGGCUAGAUCUGGGGGAGCUCUCUGCGCUUCAACCCCCCUCGAAAUUUGCCAAGGGUCCGCCUGACACCGCAUGUGGGGACCCCUCCCAAAUUUCUUGCCCAGCUCUAGCCUCCCGGACGCCUGGGUUCUUUUGAAGCCUUCACGAGGUCAGCAGCUCUCGUGCCCGGGAUGGAUUUUGCUGCCCUAGGGGGGCAGGAGAUGACCCCCCAUUUCCUGGAGCCUCCCCUUCUGCCACCGGCCGAAGAAUCCGCGGUCUUCUUCCACGGAGCCGAGGGCGGGGAGCCCGGCGCGCUCGCUACCUACUUCUCCCGGACGCCGGAGUCCUACCGCAACACGCCGGCGCGCCCCGUGUACCCCCUCCUCAACGGGCUGCAGUGGGUGGACGGGCACCCCUACGCCGCGGCUGGCUGGACCCCCCUCUCCUACGGCAAGCCCCAGGCCGGGGUCCCCCUCUAUCCGGCUCCCCCCUCCUCCUCUUCCUACAGCCCCCCCUCGCCCAAGGAGCAGCCCCCCGAGGACAAAGGCAGCCCCAAGUUCCUGGAGAUGCUGAAGACGGAGCCGAUGAGCCCCUCCACCACCGAGCUGCUGACGUUGGGGUCCCCUGCCGGUGCCCCCCACCCCGCCUACACCGGGACCCCAGAGUUCGGGUUCUACCAGCCUAGCGGGAGCCCCCUGACAGCUGGGUACUCCCCCAAACUCAGGGGGCCGCUGCAGCUGUCCCCAUGCGAGGCGCGGGAGUGCGUGAACUGCGGGGCCACGGCCACCCCCCUGUGGCGCCGGGAUGGCACCGGGCACUACCUGUGUAACGCCUGCGGGCUCUACCACAAGAUGAACGGGCAAAACCGGCCCCUCAUCCGGCCCAAGAAACGCCUGAUCAUCAGCAAGCGAGCGGGCACCCAGUGCAGCAACUGCCAGACGACCACCACCACCCUAUGGCGCCGGAACAGCAGCGGGGAGCCCGUCUGCAACGCCUGCGGCCUCUACUACAAACUGCACAACGUCAAUCGCCCCCUGACGAUGCGGAAAGACGGAAUCCAGACCCGCAACCGCAAAGUCUCCGGCAAGGGCAAGAAACGCAGAGGGGCGGCUCCGGGUGAGGGGGGGGCUGGGCCCCCCACCCCACUCGAACUGCUCUCCCCCCUGGGCGAGGACCCUGCCUCUCUCUAUGCCCUGAGCCCCAUGGUCCUGUCCAGCCACCUGCUCCCCUUCUCCCCCUCCACCCACCUCCUCGGGCCCCCCCCAGCUGCCUACCACCCCCCCCAUGCCUCCCCAGGGGCAGGCACCUCGCUGGGGUGAUGGGGGCCCCUCACGGAAGGAGGCUGAGCUGGAAAAAGGGCAGCUGGGUGAAUAUUUGGGGUACAGCUGUUGGGCGAGUUACCCCCCCCAGCCACAGAGUCGGGGAUUGGGACAGAGGGGGCAGAGUGUCGGGGUACAGGGGGAUUCGCCUCACCUUAGCAGCCGCAAGGAUUGGGGGGCUCCCCCUAGAAAUGGGGCCACCCUCCAUGGGCCUCCCUGAGCUCUGUCUGGGCACACACACACCCCCGUCUGUCCCAUCACACACACACACGCACACCCGUCCAUCCCCCUACAUCCCCGUCUGUCCAUCCAUCUGUCCCUCCCUCCAUCCACCCAGCCUCUUCUGAAGGAAUGACCCCUCAUUUCUACCCUCCCCUGUGCCUGGGUUUCCCCUUCAACACCCCCAAAUCCUCACACAGGGGGCUCCCCCCAGCACCGUCCCCCCCUCUUCCUCCUCCUACACCCUCUCAGCCUUCACCCCUUGUCACCCCACAGUGAACCCAUCCCCCCAUGAUCCAGCACUGGCUGUGAUAGGACCCCCCAUUCUUACUCUCCCUUCUGGUACCCCGAUAUAUUGUGGGUUAAAAAAAUAUAUUCUGUGGAAACCACAUUUUAAAAUAUAUUCGAUAUUUCUUGUAA